AUGCCCGCUGGUGCCUCCGAAUGGUUCAUGCGCGCUCUAAUUUUGGCCAUUUUAUGCGUCGCCAAAUUACGCAACGGGAAUGAUUACUGCAGGCACUAUGUGGCCUGUGAACAGAGGCUAGAGUGGGAACAACGACAAUGCUUACGUUUGCAAAAUCACGCUGAAAUUCAUCACAAAGCGGACUGUCUGAGGCAAAUUGAUGAAGCAAAAUCAGCGCUGGGCGGACUGAGACUGAGGAAAACUGAACUGGAGAAGGACUGUGCUGUGAAAAGUCGGGGAAUUGAAUCUCCUAACCUCAAGUAUUUGGAGGUAUACUUUUUGAGCAUGCAAAUGCCUAAAAAAUACCGAACUUCUUUCAAAACCCAGGCCGGAACGCACCAGGCGAGCCGGUGCGAUCAUACGUUUUUGCACCAGACCUGAAA